AUGAUUUGUUUGUCUUUAUUGGCAUUACUGGCAAUUGGUUUAAUAGACCAAACAUACGGUCAGCUUCAAUGUCGCGACGAAUCGGGCAAAUCGGUUGACUGGUAUGUGGUCUAUAAAUUCCCACACGUGUCUGGCGGUGAGCCGCCAGUGGACACCGGUUUUCGCUACGCCUUCAUUACCAGCGAAUCCAUGUCGGGCUGGACUUUGUCCGACUUAGAGAUUACAGAUAAGAAGUCGAUAUUUGGACAGACAUUGCAGCCGCUGUACGACAAAUCUGCCGAUUCGUAUAUCAGUUAUAUCAACUAUAAUGACGAAACUCCCGACGAUAAGACCACAAGUGGCGGCGCUCACGCCAAGGGUGUUGUGGGCGCUGAUAAAACACACGGGUUUUGGCUCAUUCAUAGUGUGCCAAAGUUUCCCUCGAAGGAGUCAACCCAUAGAUAUGAAUAUCCGGAAACUGGUGGCCGUUACGGACAGACAGCUUUGUGUAUAUCCAUCAGUAUCGACGAAGUGGACAAAGUUAUUGAACAAUUGCUUUAUAUGCGGCCACAUGUCUAUUCAAUUAAGGUGUCGUCCGACUUGAAGUCAGUGUCCAAAAAUAUAGCGGCACUCAAGAGUAAAGACUGGAAAACGGGUCAAAUGAAUAUACGGCAAAUCCAAAGUACAGGUGGUGUCAAGUAUACCAGUUUUAGUAAGAGUCCCGGCGAUCACGUAGAUCUCUAUGACGAGAUAGUGGCCCCACAUCUCAGUACAAACCUAUACGUCGAAACCUGGCGUAAGGGUGUCGGCACACCUUUGGACUCCGAGUGUGACCUCAAGAAAACUGUCGAAAAUGUUCUAACAAUUGGCUAUAAGUUUACUAACUCUAAGCUUAGCGGACAGUUUAAUUAUCUUCACGAUCACAGCAAAUGGGCAAUCGGUAAAACAUCAGCCAAACCCUAUGUAUGUAUCGGUGAUAUAAAUCGUAUGAAAAGUCAGUUCAAGAGAGGCGGCGGAACCACUUGUUUCGAGUCGCCGACGGUCUGGAAGAAUCUGAACGAAUGGGUAGCAGAAGUGGACAAAUGCAAGAGUUAAUUGUUAUUUAGAUAUAAAAAAAGAUAAAAUAAAAUAUCAC